CGAUAGCCAAGUGCAGACAAUACGCUAAACAACACCGAAACUCUUUUCUCCAGACAAAUCCUGUGUCGUAGGGUGUCCACGCGACCAGGUAGUUAUGGGGAGAGGGGAGACGGACGCUUCGAAAAUCUGGGGCAACGUCAGUCUCAGUGUCUUAUCCUCUUGGCUGUGCCACUGUAGGGCCGAAUCAACAAAACCCACAUUGCCCCCAUAAUCAAAUGGAUGGGGGAAGAUCUAUAUAAUGUCUCACCCGAUGCGGAACUGAUGAUGUAUGAAUUGCAAUUUUGGGCAGAAUCUGUUCUGUUAUUCUACGGACUUAUAAUUGAAUAUUACAGGUCGCAGUAAAUAUGGAGUUAGGAAAGAAGCGUAUUCGUGUCAAUGGCGCAGACUGCGGCGUGGAGGCUAUCCUCCUCGGAGCUGUCACUUCGCUGGGAGGCUUUCUCUUCGGUUACGACACUGGUCAGAUAUCCGGCAUGCUGCUGUUUACUGAUUUUGUCGAUCGAUUUGCACAGGAGCAGCCGGACGGAACAAGAGCCUGGGUCCCCAUUAUUCAGUCACUCCUGGUCUCAUUGAUGAGUAUUGGCACCUUGAUCGGUGCUUUAUCUGGCGCCUACACAGCAGACUGGUGGGGUCGACGACGAAGCUUGAGUUUCGGCGUCGUGGUGUUCAUCAUGGGUAACGUCAUUCAGAUUACCGCCAUGAACAGCUGGAUCCACAUGAUGAUGGGCCGCUUUGUCGCCGGUCUUGGCGUAGGUAACCUCUCUGUAGGCGUGCCAAUGUUCCAAUCAGAGUGCUCACCAAGAGAGAUCCGAGGCGCCGUGGUGGCCUCGUACCAACUCAUGAUCACUAUUGGAAUCCUCAUCUCGAAUAUCAUCAACUAUGGUGUGAGAAAUAUCCAAGACUCAGACGCUUCUUGGCGCAUCGUCAUCGGACUUGGCAUCUGCUUCUCGAUCCCACUUGGUCUUGGUGUCCUGUGUGUGCCUGAGUCUCCCCGCUGGCUAGCUGGCCGCCAUGACUGGGAAGGUGCACGUAUGGCGAUGGCGCGACUUCGUGGCAUGAAGGACGACCCUCGCAACGAACUUGUGGAGUACGAUCUCAAGGAGAUGUACGCGGUCAUCGAGAAGGAGGCCUCAGCCGGUAGCAGCUCUUGGUUGGAAUGCUUUACCGGGCGGCCUUCAAACAUUCCAAAGCUUCUUUACAGAACACUUUUGGGUAUUUCGAUCCAGUUCUUGCAGCAGUGGACUGGUGUCAACUACUUUUUCUACUACGGAGCAACUAUCUUCGAUUCCGCGGGAAUCGAAGAUCCUAUCCAGACACAGCUCAUUCUUGGCGCUGUCAAUGUUGCCAUGACCUUUUAUGGGUUAUACGUCGUCGAGAAAUUCGGAAGACGGUGGCCGCUGUUCCUGGGCGCUUUGUGGCAGGCUAUGUGGCUGCUCAUCUUUGCCUCGGUAGGAACUGCCCUGCCGCCAAGUGAGAAUCCCGCUUCAGGCAUCGUCAUGAUUGUCUCCGCCUGCAUGUUCAUUGCUUCGUUUGCUGGAACAUGGGGUCCAAUGGCCUGGGUUGUCAUCGGCGAGAUCUUCCCACUGAGAACCCGUGCCAAGCAGGCUUCUCUGGCAACUGCUGGAAAUUGGCUAGGCAAUUUCAUGAUAUCCUUCCUUACACCAUUGGCAGACAGCGGUAUCUCCUACGCCUACGGCUUCGUCUUCGUCGGGACGAACCUAGCAGCCGCAUUGCUCGUCUGGUUCUUCCUGUACGAGUCCGUGUCCCUCAGCCUGGAGAACGUCGACAUCAUGUACAGCGCGCCGGACAUCAAGCCGUGGUCAUCGUCCAAGUGGAUGCCAGUGGGCUAUACCACGCGAAAGCAACGCGACGAAGGGCAUUUUCGCAGACUGAGCAAAGGCGACCAGAGUGGAUUAAGAGCUGCUGCCUCCAAUCUGACCGAUAGUGAAAAGGACCAAGGUGCGGGUGGCGACCUGGCCACAGAGUCCAGACGGGAGGUCGUUUGACAUACAACUUAGAACGCAACAGCCCACGUGGCUUUUGGUGCCUGUACGCUGCUGCCGUUGAAUACACUCCAGUGUAUAUAGGCAUUAUUGUAUAAAUUUUCAGAUCAGC